AUGAACAAAACUCAGCUAGAUAAAGAAGAAUCUGGUGGCUUGAGAGGAAAUUUGGUUCGUGGUGAUGGAGAAGGAGGAAACGUGGAAUGGAGAGAAGGUGAAAGUGGUGAUGAACAGAGAACUCUCCAUCACUGGAAAUGUCAUGAGAGGAAAGAGAGGGAGCUGGUAGAUGGUGAAGUGGGCAGAUCUGGUCAAGCAAAGAGGUUGGGUGAAGGUGGAGAUGAAGGUGAAGGUGAAGGUGAUGGGGGAAGUGGUGGAGGUGGUGGUGGGUGGGAAGGGAGUGGUGGUGUUGGACUCUCAAAAUGGCAGAUCUAG